UGGGAUUUAUAUAGGUCAAGCUCUACGCUUGCUGUUCCGGUAACCUUGUGUGUAUUUGUAGUGAACUGCUAGACUUUUAUUUAAAUUUAAAUUGCAUUUAUUGCGUAAACGUAGCAAGAUUCUUUCUGGUCUGCCGUCAUGUCUCUUGCUGCAGAGGCGUAUGUUUCUCAGAUAGCAGCUGCAGACCCAUGGCCCGAAAGCGCAACACUGUAUCAGCCCCUGAAGGAAGACCAAAUACUGCUCUCAGAUUGUGCCUCUUCUCUUGCUGUCCAGGCGUACCUGAGGAUGUGCCGCCUGCCCGUCCGCGUGCGCUGCCGGCCCAACGCCGAGUACAUGUCCCCAUCUGGUAAAGUUCCCUUCAUACACGUUGGAAAUCAAGUUGUGUCGGAGCUCGGGCCGAUAGUCCAGUUCACCAAGGCGAAGGGCCACUCUCUGAGCGACGGGCUGGACGAGGUCCAGAGGGCCGAGAUGAAGGCGUACAUGGAGCUGGUGAACAACAUGCUGCUGACAGCCGAGUUGUACAUCCAGUGGUGUGACGAGAACACAGUGGCGGAGAUCACAUGGCCGAGGUACAGCAGCCCUUACUCGUGGCCCCUGAACCACAUCCUGGCCUAUCAGAAACAGUGGGAGGUCAAGCGCAAGAUGGCCGCCAUUGGCUGGGCAGGGAAAAGCUUGGCACAGGUCUAUGAGGAUGUGAGCCAGUGCUGCCAGGCCCUGUCACAGAGGCUGGGGACGCAGCCGUACUUCUUUAAUAAACAACCCACCGAGCUGGACGCUCUGGUCUUCGGGCACCUGUUCACCAUCCUCACCACCCAGCUGACGUCCAACGAGCUGAGCGAGAAGAUCAGGACCUACGGCAACCUGCUGUCCUUCUGCCGCCGCGUGGAGCAGAACUUCUUCGAGGAGCACGGCGGCGACAGCGACCCGGGCGCCUCUCCCCGCUUCCCUAAAAGCCCGUCCCUGAUCUGAGCCUCGCUGGCCCCCUGCUCCCGACGCAUUCCCGCACGCUCGCUCCCCGCACACGCUCCCCGCUCCUCCCGCCAGCCUUCCAUUCCGCCAAGGCGCCAGUGUUCCUCUCUGAUGUAAAAACUUUUAUUUUCUUCCACGUUGUGCCGUGCCUCUUUGAUUUAAUGUGUUAUCAGGAAGUGCCUACCGGUAAUAAAAUUCCAUGAUUCAAACCAUC